UACAUAUUCACACACACUAUAGUGGUUGGCUACACACAAUUAUUUAUACACACCUGUCUACAGAAUUGUGUCAGUAUGUACGGUGUAUAAUAUAUAUACACACACACACAUAAAUAUAUAUACUCACACACAUACAUGAUAUCACAGUUUCUGACUUCACUGCGGUAUUUACAAUUUAGUGGAGUGAAGGAAUUACAGAAGAUGCUAGCAGAUAUGUGGAACCAUAGACGAAAUUUAUUAAUGAAGAUCAGAGCAACAUCGACGCCUCCUCCACGUAUCAACUUGUUCAAUUAAAUUGUAGCUGUUUUCUGUAUCAAUGUUAAAUGAGAUGAACGUAUAACGUAUAACACCUACUUCAGGCUAUGAACAACAUCACAAUAUCCCGUUCCUUUUUCUUUCUUUCUAUCUAAAUAUUUAAUCUGUGUGAACCAGUUUAAUUACUAUGAAUGUGUUGAAAACUAAACUGUACACAGCAUGUAUGCUGUGCGUGUGUAUAUAAAUAUACACAAAAGAGAUUAAGGUGUAUAUAUUUAUGUGUGCGUGUAAGAGGAAGACAGAAAGAUACUGUAUUCAUGAAUUCGUCAAUUGUACCUACAUCAGAUUUAGCUGAAGAAGACAUGCCCCUGACGUGUUAAGUACUGAAUUUUUGGAACCAGAUUUCAUUUCAAAUUGCUAAAAAUAAAUCGUGACACAAUGGAAUUUAUAUCGCGAGUAAAUUCUGAAUUGGAUGAGGAAGAACAUUCUUAUGAAAACGAUCUUCAACUUGCAGCUGAGAUUGGCAAAGCUCUCCUAGAGAACAACAAAGAACUUGAAAGCCAGACUGUGCAUUUACAGACUAUUAAUGCCGAACAGGCACAGGAACUGGAUUUUUUAAACAAACAAUUGGAAGCUUUGCGUCAGGUGAAUGAAUCUAGAAUGCGCAUUUAUGAAGAACUAGACAAGAAUGUUCAGGACCUGGAGAAAACAAACCAAAGACUAGUCACGGAUCACCGAGCUGACAAACAAAGAAUAGAAACUUUACAGGAAGAAUUGGUGAACAUUGAAGUAAGAAAUGGAGAAUUACAAACCAAAGUGGAAGAAUUGCUCACUGCUGAACGCCAACGAGAAAAGGCUGAAAGGCGCAAAACUAUGAGCGUACCCAGCCUGCAUGAUAUCAACUAUGAAGAUUUUUACCCGACUAGUUUCCCAAGUUGGAGUCAUAACCAGUUUAAACAAGGCCUCCAUCUAAAUCCUUAUGAAACAGAAAUACGUAAACUACAAGACACCGUUAGAAACCUUAAAACGCAACAGGUUAUUGAAAAACGGAAACGAGAGGAUUUUGAAAUUGAGGUAGCUGUAUUGAUCCAAGACAAUCAAAAUCUGGAGGCCAAAGUUGAAGAAUUGGAGAAGAGGCUGAUGGACACAAACAAAUUAGAGGCGGAACUGAAGCAGUUACAGCUACGAUCCGAAAAGGUGUGUCGUCGUUGUGGUAAUGAAAUCAAACCAUGUCUACCAGCUGGAGUCCUUGGCAAAGAAGUGGAGCAUGACGAACCACAGAUGACAAGUGAAGGCAAGGUUGCACGUUUAGAGGAUGGUGGCAGUGUGUAUGGCAGUAAUGAAUCUAUUCACAAAGUCCUAAUGGAAACUCGGGAACAACUGUCAGGCAACGGUGUACAGUCCAAUGUCUCCAUUCUCAGUGAGCUCGAGUCACAGUACUACGCUCUAUGUCAAAAAUACGAGUCUCUCCUGCAGCACAAGUUGCGGAGACCUCGAUCAGGUACAGACUUUGAUGAAGAUGAAGCCGACAGGAAUUUCCGUGUUUCGCACAAGGAAGUGCAGACCCUCCUUGUAAACCUGCAUCGCUGUGUCGAGGUGAAUACAGACGUUGGAGACUCCACGACAAGCCCACCACCUUAUCGGUCCCUUUUCAAAGACAUCUUUGCCACCCUGCGCAAGUCUCGAAUCGAAGAGUCCCCAGAACAGCAGCCGGCGCCCACUGCAAAUCAGGGCUCACAGCAAUCAAAAUCAGCCACUGGAACACCGAUAACCACUCCCAUAACAGAAGACAACCCAAUGACAAAGAGCGCUCAUGCAUGAAAAUAUAUGGAUAAAUAGGAAACCUAUUAAAAACUGCUCAAUAUCUUAUUUUAUGUUAUUUUUCUUGCAGCAACCUACAAACCAUGAUGGAAGAGUUCUUUGUUAACAUCAUGUUUGUAAAAUCCUAUUUUGUACAGUUCGAUGAUGAUUUUCAUCAACAGGUGUCGUAUUUAAUAUACAUUUGUUCUGCUGGGUUUGAACUGCUAGAACUUAGUGAUAAGACCAUUGAAACUACUACCCUCCCCCAUGUGAAGUAAAGAUACAGAGGUUCAAUCCCUGCCCAAUCAUAUGUAUAUAAGAAUUAUGGAUCCUGGUUAUAGAGCAAUGAAAUUGUUUUAAAUGUAAUAUUUUAGACACACAGAUGAUAAGGCUAAUAUUUCAUCGAUUUUGAUAAACUUGUCUAAUUAGAUUAAAUGUUUUAAACCACAGAGUCUUGUUGACCUUCAGGUAAACUGAUGAGGUUCACGGCAUGCAUGUGCAUUACAGGUGAUGCAUUUCACACACUAUGUUAUUUCUAUAGUCUUAACUUGGUUUAUACAUUUCCUUUGUCUUCUGAAAACACAACUCCACUCUUAAAUUUCAAUGGUCUCCAGUGACUUUACACAAUAUCUUUACUCAACUACUUUAUUGGCAUAUAUGUGUGCAUGUAUUUUGCUUUUUGUUCUUCAAAACAAAGAAUGUGCGCUCCAAUAUAUACUUGCAUUAGAGGCGUUUAUAC